AUGGCGACGCGCUCAAACUUAUUUCCGGCGUUGUCGAUCGUCUUACUACUUUCUAUGACAAUAACAACCAUUGAAACCAGUGGGGAUUUGUGUCCAGCAAUCUGCAAGUGUGAAGAUGAGUUUUUACGAGCAUCUUGUGCUUACGCGAAUUUGGAAGUUGUACCAAUUCAGCUAAACCCAGAAAUUCACCACUUGGAUCUUUCCAUAAACCGAAUAACGAGUCUUAAUUUGGGGUUUGGAUUCUAUAACAAUCUUGAAAGUUUAGAUCUAUCUUACAAUAUACUACACACCUUGGGAUCAGAUAACUUUCUACUACAAACUCACAUGGAGAUAUUGAAUGUCAGUAACAAUAAUCUGCGAACUAUUGGCAGGAAUUCUUUAAGAGGCUUAGAAUCUUUAAGAAUUUUCGAUGUAAAUAACAAUAACAUCACGGAAAUGGAUUCCGCAGCAUUUCGCCAUACGAGCGAAUUGGAAGAUUUGAAUCUCAGCGGGAAUUCAUUAACAAGUUUACCAAAUGACCUUUUUAAAAAUUUACACAAAAUACGAAAUCUUAAAUUAAAUCGAAACUCACUUCUUGAAGUCCCGGCAAAUAAUCUUCAUUUAGUUCCUAGUCUAGAGAAUUUAGAAUUAUCAGAUAAUUUGAUUCAAGAAAUUUCUCGUGAUUCUUUGCCGACAUUACGAUCUCUAAUGUCGCUUAAUUUAGCUAACAAUUUAAUCCAAAUUAUAAAUGAAGAAGCAUUUCAACGAUUACCAGCACUUGUGUAUCUCAAUUUAAAAGGUAAUAAUCUCACUUACGUGCCAACAUCCGCUCUAUCGCACUUGAGUCUUUUGUCGAAUUUGAUUCUGUCGAGGAAUCCACUUGAACAAUUAGAUAAUUUAGCUUUUCGUAAUUUAUUUGAGCUUAAAACAAUUGAUUUGCGUGAAUGCACUAUUUUAUACAUCAAAUCUCGUGCAUUUGCGGAUAAUGUAAAUCUUGAGAAGAUAUUUCUUGAUGGAAAUCAUGAUCUAAGGCAUUUACCAUCACGGAUUUUAUACUCAGCAAGAUAUUUAACAACAGUCUCACUGCGUCAUUGCAAUUUGUCGAGCCUUGAACCCACGCACUUUCCAGUAGAUGGAUUAAAUCUUUUGCAAAUUGGUGGAAAUCCUUUAAUUUGUAAUUGUUCUCUACAUUGGCUCUGGAAUGUUAUUCACACCACUGAAGAAAACAACGGAUCAAAAUUGUUUGUAGAUCGUGGAGAAAUUUUUUGUGCAGAUGAUGUUUUUAAUGGUAAAUUAUUAAUGAACCUCACGGAAAGUUCUUUGCGUUGCCGAUUGAGUUCGUUGUAUUUAUCAUUAUUAGCCGCAGGAUGUUUGACGGCUGCUGCAAUUAUACUCAUCUUAGCUGGUUAUAUAACGCGUAAUAAUCGUCGGAAGAAAACUUUCAAUCGUCCUACUCGUCCUGAGUUAUUAGUUUAUGUUGGGUUGAACGAAGAUGUUCCAAAACGUACUCUUGUACAUUCACCGAUUAAUGUUGAUCUCUACCGUUCUCCACUCUCAUCAUCAAGCAGAAGAGUUUCUAACGUCCAAAGAAGUUCGAACAAUCACAAUGAUAUGUCUAGCGCUUCGUUCUAUCAAACUCAACAUGAUCGAGAUCUCACACUAGAUGAUAAUACCUUCAAUGAACCAAUAGAAAACCUGAAUCGAUGUAGAAACUCUGAUAUGGAAAAUUUAGGCGCAGUUAACAAUGAUCCUAAUUUACAAAAGUCAGAAGUUUAUGAUAAUAGCAGUGUCUAUGGAGUACAAAAUUCAAAUUUAAGAUGUCAAAAGAGUAGUACGGAUAGUGACUACGAGUAUGAAUAUUAUUCAUCGCCAAUGGUGCUAUCUGCACAAAAACCUCACAUUGUGUUUGUCUAA